AUGCCACCACCAGUUUCUGAGAAAAAAACAAUAACUACGACAAAACAAUCAUAUACGGUAAAACCAGUAACUAUCACACAAUCAGGAACUACGGCACUACCAACAUCUACCGCACUACCAACAUCUACGGCACUACCAACAUCUACGGCACUACCAACAACUCCGGCAAAACAAGUAAAUACGGUAACACCAACAACUCCGGCAAAACAAGUAAAUACGGUAACACCUAUAACUACGGCAAAACAAGUAAAUACGGUAACACCAACAACUCCGGCAAAACAAGUAAAUACGGUAACACCUAUAACUACGGCAAAACAAGUAAAUACGGUAACACCUAUAACUACGGCAAAACAAGUAAAUACGGUAAAACAAGUAACUACGGCAAAACCAGCAUCAACGGCAAAACCAACAUCAACGGCACUACCAACAACUCCGGCAAAACAAGUAAAUACGGUAACACCAGUAACUACAGCAAAACAAGUAAAUACGGUAACACCAGUAACUACGGCAAAACAAGUAAAUACGGUAAAACCAGUCACUACGGCAAAAUCAGCAUCAACGGCAAAACCAGCAUCAACGGCAAAACCAACAUCUACGGCACUACCAACAACUCCGGUAAAACAAGUAAAUACGGUAACACCAGUAACUACGGCAAAACAAGUAAAUACGGUAACACCAGUAACUACGGCAAAACAAGUAAAUACGGUAAAACCAGUAACUAUGGCAAUAUCAGCAUCUACGGCAAAACCAGCAUCUACGGCACAACCAGGAAAUACGGCACUACCAACAACUCCGGUAAAACAAGGAACUACAGUAAAACAAGCAACUAUCACACCAAAAAAACACAAACGGAGCCGUCGAGAUGUCAUGAAUAUUGAGGUUGAAAACAUUCAAUCUGAAGAUAUAAGUGAUGUGUACGACGAUACCCUUCAAUUUGAUAUAAAAUGUAUGAACUAUUGUAAUGUAACAGUGACUGAAACAACACCUAUACCACCCUUAACUACAACAACAGAAAGGUCAACGACUAGUACACCAAGGCAUCGAUCAAUUGAUUUAAGCGGAAAAUCAGUGGUGCUUCAAUUAGUCAUUGUUGUUAAUGACACUUUUACGUCAGAUAUGAGAAACGAAAGUUCUACAGUAUACACCAAUUUGGCCAAACAGUACAAAGAAUCGCUAACAGAAUUCUAUAGCAGUCUUCUUCCAGCAAAACAUAAUAAAAUUGUUAUCCAUGGAUUUUCCAAUGGUAGCAUUGAAUGCAAUUACACACUUGAAAUGGAUGCUCCAAUCAACGAAUCAGAUGCAAAUUCAACUUUACAAAUACUGCGUAAUGUGAAUUGGAAAAAUACAACGUUAACAAAUAUUACACUUGAUGUAGAUAAAACAGCUACAGAACAAGCAGAUCGUCUAACAAAAGACUUAGUCUUCCUACCUGCUAAUGUGUGUGUUAACAAUGAAGUUCUGGAAUGGGAUAACAAUGGGAAUCCGAUAUGUAAAUACAAAUGUGAUACACCAGAAUACAAGGGCAAAUGUGGAGACCAUGGAGAGUGCUCCUUUACAUAUGGAGGCGCAUUCAGAUGCAUAUGUAAAGAUGGCUACAGUGGAAACAAAUGCGAAAUUCCAAAACCAACUACAACCACAGCUAAACCCAUUAAACCUGAUGCUAUAGCCUUGUCGAAGAUAGACAUUAUAGGCAUUGCAGGCGGCAUUGGUGGAGGUUUGGUUUUAAUCUUACUGGUAGCUUUAUGUUGUGUAUACACGAAAUUGAACAAGGCAAAGAAACGAGACAGGUUCUAUGGUUAUAUGGACAAUGAUAAAGAGUUCCUUCAUGACGAAAACUCGAGGAUAGAAAAUGUACCGGACCUUAAGAAUGAAUAUACCAAUCUAGGGUACCAGAGAGAACAGGAUGAACUGCAGAUGCAACGGUUCGAACCCGAGGGUAAAAAUGUAGAUUAUGAACCAGGUCAACCACAAGGAGCAUACGAACGGGAUGACAAGGCAUACAGGAAGGUUGAGGAACCAGAAGGAGGAAAUGUUUUGAUAUAUCAACCGAAACAUUUAAACGGGCCUAUGGAAAGACAGAGUGGUGCCUCGAAGUUUGAUGAAGUCGAAGAAAGAUCAAACCCAUACCGUAUGAUGGACACAGACACAACAUACAAAAUAAGAAGACCAACAGUCAACAGUGAUAAAAAUGUCCCGUAUAACUAAAUAAUGCCAGAAAUGGGACGACACAAAAUCUGAGAAUGAAUACCUCAUUGUAGAAACGACUUGCAAAGUUCUCGUCGUGUUUUUGUACAGCCAUAUGUAUGCAUCCAUUUUAACGCGCAAUUGUAGUAACCUUUCAUUUGAUGAUAUGGACAAUAUUAAAAUGUACAUUUAUUCAUAAUUGUAUCAAAGAAAAGAUCAUGCUGUAUUAUUGUUGACUAAUAUUUGAUUCAUUAAAUCAUCAUCAUUUU